AUGCGCCCUAAUCAAGCUGGAUUCAGAUCGGGCUGCCGUUGUACUAACCAGAUAUUCACGCUAAAAAGGGUGUUGGAACAUCGCUUCAAAUAUUUGCAACCCACUGUCACGUGUUUUAUCGACUUCGCGGCUGCCUUUGAUUCAAUUGAUAAAAAGGCGCUUUGGAGGGUGAUGGAAUGCGACGAUGUUCCAGAGAAGACCAUUCAACUCAUAAAGGCAUUUUAUGAGCAGCGUCGCCUUCGGUGGUUAGGGCACGUUCUCUGUCGUCCACCACAAGAGUUGUCGCAUAUUUCGUUACUUACUAAACCGUGUGAUGGAAAGCGAGGUGGACCAAUUAAGACCUGGACUGAUACGCCUAUGGAUGAUUUUAUCUCAGUAAAGUCAGAGGAAAUCGAACAAAAGGAUAAAUGGAGCGUUAUUUUCCCAAAUCUAUUCCAAAACGGCGAAGCAGUUAUUGAUUCAACCAAUGUAAAUGGAGAACUUUAUGAAAAUCUUGCUGAAAUCGGUCCAGUACGAGCAGAAGACUUAGUUGAAAAUGAUGAUAUUGAUUUGGCUUAUCAGAAGUCGCGUGAAGCUGGAGUGCUCCAUCAAUAUUUUGGACCACGACCCAUCCUCUCAGAAACAGAACAGGCGCUAGCUGUGAAAUUUCCCGGUUUACCCACUAGACCAAAAGAAGCAGUCGAAUUUUUGCAGCAACAUGGAAUUUUACCACUAGAAUGUAAAUGUCAGCAAUACGGGCAUUCAAUGAGACUUUGUUUUAAAAGGGACAUUUUUUGGAGAGAUAGCCACUCAACUUGCAACAGAAUGGUUACGAUCCGAAAAGGCACUUGGUGUUCUGAUACUUGCUUACCUUUCGUUACCAUAAUUCGUUUCAUUUAUGGAUGGGCUCAUGAAUUGACUUCUCUGGAGUGGUGUAGACGAGAACUUGGUUUAAGUGCCAAAACAAUUGUUAAAUGGAAUAAGCAGAUGCGCGAGGUAUGUGUCGAAGCCAUGAGGCAGCAAAAAAAUAAAAAAAUCGGUGGUCGUAACAAAAUAGUAGAGAUUGAUGAAAGUCAUUUCACGAAUCAUAAGAGGAAUGGAAAUCGUGAACUACGUCAGCUAUGGGUUUUUGGUGGAUUUUGCCGUGAAACGAGAGAAUGCUUUGUUGUUCAAGCGCCGAACCGAAAUGUAGUGACUUUGAUGCAGAUUAUUGGUGAAAAUGUUGAAGAUGGGUCAACAAUUGUCUCUGAAUGUUGGCGACGAUUUAAAGAAAUAGAAGUGAAGCAAGCUGGCUUCGAGCAGUUUCAGUCUAUUCAUAACUAUAAUUUUAUUGAUUCGGGCAACGAAGAAUACUCUGAAAAUAUGGAUAAAUUGUGGGGGUUUGUAAAAUGGCGUAGCCAUAAGCAGCGUGGUACGGCACGCCAUUAUUUUGAGUCCUAUCUGAUUGAGUUUAUGUGGCGUAAUCGUUUGGGUCGAAGAAAUCCAUUUGAUGCAAUAUUAACAAGUAUAAAAGAACAUUGGCCACCAAAAAUGGAACUGUAG